UUAGCGAGAGUGUUUCCUGAGACAGCUCGUUAUACACAAAAAUGAAGUCGUUAUCGCUUCUUCUUUGUCUGACUCUGAGUUACAUGGCACAUGCCAAAGUGUCGUACGAUGGAUUUAAAAUGUACGAAGUUAUUCCACGGACCGGAUUACAACUACAGAUUUUAAAAAGUAUGUACACCGAAUCAAAGAUUGAUCGUGUUGAUUUUUGGGUGCCACCAAGGGGAAUUAACAUUCCUGUUCAGAUUUCGGUCUCGCCAAAAACUAAAAUAAUUGCAACUCUUCGGCUCAUGGGACUGGACACUAGACUGGUUAUGGACAAUGUACAGCACUUUAUUGACCAACAAAAUAAGGUUGACCUUAAGUUCAAACCAAGAGACAAAGCCGAGGAAUUCGAUUAUGGAAUUUACCAUAAUCUAUCAGCUAUAAACGAUUGGAUAACAAAUAUCACAACAGUAUAUGCAGACAAAGCUAAAGUUAUAGAAGUUGGAAAGUCAUUUGAAGGACGAACCAUCAGACUGAUUCAGAUCGACACAGGCAAAGUUCCACAGAAAAAUGGUUUCUUUAUGGAAGGCGGAAUUCAUGCCCGAGAAUGGAUAUCGCCUGCUACUGUGAUGUAUAUGACUGGCCAGAUGUUAGAUCUUUACGGUACAGACGCCAAGAUAACAGACAUUGUGGAUUCCUACACGUGGUACAUAUUACCAGUGUUUAAUGUGGAUGGAUAUGAGUACACUUGGACAACGAACAGAAAUUGGAGGAAGACAAGAUCUAAACAUGGACUAUGUCACGGUGUUGAUCCAAACAGAAACUGGGAUUUCGAAUGGUGUAAGGGUGGUGCCAGCAAAGAACCUUGUUCAGAUACGUAUUGUGGUCCAUCUGCGUUCUCAGAAGUGGAGGUUAAGGCUGUUUCAGACUUUAUCGAUUCACACAAAGGUACCAUCAAAGCCUUUAUAGAUUUCCAUAGUUUCUCACAGCUUUGGAUGACCCCAUGGGGUUAUACGAAAGAGCUACCAGAGGAUUACACGCAACUGAAUGCUGGUGCAAAGGCCGCGUGUGAUGCCUUAGAGGUAGAUUAUGGAACCAAUUACCAACAUGGAAAUAUUGCAGAUAUCAUUUAUGUGGCCAGUGGUAGCAGCGCUGAUUGGACGUAUGGAGCAGAAAAGAUCAAGUAUUCCUACGCAGUUGAGUUGAGAGAUACUGGAGAAUAUGGGUUUCUACUGCCAGCCGACCAGAUUCUUCCAUCUGGAAAGGAGACACUAGAAGCACUGAAAGCUUUGUGCAGCUAUGUGUUCAAUAACUAACAACGUUAAACUUAACUGCGUAGCUUGGUGUAAUGUUCAUUUAUUAUGGAAAAAGUUGGAAUUUGGUUAUGUAUGAGAUUAAACAACAUGUAAUAAAUACAGUUUAAAAUUUGUUAUAUGCUUCAUUUAAAAGGCAAUGAUAAGAACUCGCGAACCUUCCGGGUCACCUGAUGACAUUGUUAGUCCUAUAAGAAAGUCAAUCAUUUAAAGUAAUUAAAGGUUGUUGAUUUUUGCAUUCAUCAAAUUGUUCUAUUUGUCGCUAGUCUAAACUCAUCAUCAUCAACCAUAAUACAAAAUUCGUAUAGUAUGAAAGACAUUUCGUUUAUCAAGUUCAUUAUUAGUCAGACUUGCUUCCAAAUAUUAUAUGAAUAUUGCUCAUAGCGUCUCCACUCCUUCAAUAUCAAAGAUUUGUUUUUGUAUAAAAUUUGCAGUUCAUGAGGAAUGUAAUUGUUUAUUAACAUUGACACGGAUGUCUUU